AUGUCUCACCCAACCUUCAAGCAAUAUUAUCUUCCUCAAAAGGCAGGCUUUGAUAGCCUGAGCUUACGUGAAGUCCCCAAAGCUCCUCCCAAAUAUGGCCAAAUACUAGUCCGGAUCAAAGCCGUGUCACUGAAUUGGAGAGACGGGAUCAUCGCUAUUGGAACGUACCCAUUUCCCGGUCCUGAUGCGCUCGUCCCAGGUAGCGACGGUGCCGGCGUUGUCGAAGCAGUCGGGGAAGGAGUUACAGAAUGGCAGCCAGGCGACCGAGUCCUUGCGAACUUUACACAGGAUCAUCUCGCUGGUCGACUAAAUAUGCAGACACUCUUGACACAACUUGGGGGUGAGACACAGGGAUUGCUCGGCGAGUACUUCAUCUUUCCUAAAACCGGAGUUGUUCGUAUUCCAGACUAUCUCUCCUUCGAAGAAGCGUCCUGCCUUCCCUGCGCCGCCCUCACUGCCUGGAAUGCUCUAUAUGGUCUAACGCCGUUGCGAACUGGUCAGACCGUCCUUCUUCAAGGAACGGGCGGUGUUUCGACAUUUGCCUUGCAGAUCGCCCAUGCAGCAGGCGCAACGACCAUCGUGACAUCCUCAUCCGAUGCAAAAUUGGCCAAGGCGAAACAACUCGGUGCAACGCAUAUAAUCAAUUACCGAACAACUCCUGACUGGGCUGCCCAAGCCAAACAGAUCACAAAUGGUCGUGGAGUAGACCAUAUCAUUGAGGUCGGGGGAACACUCACGCUUCAAGGAUCGUUCGAUGCCAUCGCGAUGCACGGAAUUAUCCAUUGCAUUGGACAUAUCACGAACCCAGAUCCGUUGGGCAUUGGUAAGGACCUCCGUGGACCGGAUGCUGCUUUCCUGGCAUUGGAUCGAUUGUGCAUCGUCCGAGGCGUGGUUGUUGGCUCGCGAGAGCAAUUGCAGGAGAUGCUGGAAUGCUUCGAGGCAAGCUCGAUUCGACCUGUUAUUGAUCGAACCUUCGACUUCGAGGAGACCAUGAAGCCAGUGAGACGCCGCAAUGGCUCUAAGCACGACAAGACCGGCUGCUUGACCUGUCGCUACAGACACAAGAAAUGUGUCCACAAUACCUUUCCCGUUUGUGGAGAUUGCAGGCGCCUGAAUCUGGAGUGUAUUCGUGAACCGGCCCGUCAGGUCCUGGCCAUCACUUCCCAUCCCACAGCAGACGGUCUAUCUGAAUGGAAACGUUCUCGCUUGCAUGAGAAUGUCGAAAACGCUCAACGCCGAUCUGCCAUGAACUUCUACAUUACAACUCUUUCCCAGCUGUUGACUAGUCUAGCACAAACUGACAUCGGUAUAGCGUUUCUGCCAAUGGCAAUGGAAUCGCCCACACUAGCAGACGCACUAGUCGCAUGGUCGGCUGGUCAGCUAGCCGUUCGUGACAGUCGAUAUCGAUCUACAGCGCUUGAAGCACGCUCACGGGCGCUCAGAUCUCUUGCAAUAUCUCUUCCAGCUCGUGGAAUUACUGCCCGCGAGAUCAACGCUGCUACCAGUCUAGUGCUCAUGAUAUCCGAGGUGUGCCUAGGCUGUCAUACAGAAUGGUACAGACAUCUCAACGGCGUGAAACACAUCAUUAUGUCGACGAGCACUGCCAGUCCAACUCCUGGGUCCGGGCUAAAUGGGCUCGAGGCCUUGAAACAGAGCUCUGAGGGGCAGUGGAUCUUGCGCAACUUUGCGUAUCACGAUAUACUAGGAAGCGUUACACUGGGAAAGCAACCAUUGGUUGAAAGCUAUUUCCUGCAAGGCCUAACCGAUAGGAUUGACACUUAUAUCGGCGUUGCUUUUGAAAUCUUAAUAAUCAUAUCCGACAUCAGCUCAUUCGACGAGCAACGCCUUGUUCUCCAUUCCAUGCGACCCAGUGAAAUUGAUGCAAGUGUAAUAAACUGUUUCAGCUCUACCGAGCAAAUAUUGAAGUCCUGGGUAUGCCCACCAGGAACGAAUCCAGUCCUCGCCUCACUGGCCUACGCCUAUCGCAGUAGUGCCUUAAUAUAUCUCUAUCGCCGGACGCUCCGCGGGUUAAGGCUUCAUGGUCUGCCUUCACGGAGGCUAUAUCAGGACUGUGCAUCCGGUCUGCGCGCUGCAAUACAAGCUGAAAUCUCAAGUGUUCUACAGCAUACGGCUAAUAUUCCGGUAUCUGGGAUUGUCGAGUCUGCGCUACUUUUCCCUCUGUUUAUUGCAGGAGGUGAGGCUACAGAUUGCAGCCAUAUGGAGGUCAUUCGGUUCAGGAUGAAGGAAAUGCUAAGAAAGCGUGACUUUAACAAUAUUCAACGGGCAUUGGGCGUGCUGCAACAGGUAUGGGAGCAACGGAAUGCUGUCAAGGGCGGAGCGGAGGAUUAUGAUGUGGAUUGGUGCGACAUUGUUUAUCGACAAGAAGGGGGUCUUUUACUAACUUAA